GGACGGCGAGUUAGGAGCAGCUCUGCAGUUUGUCUGAAGUGCUGCAAACAGACGCAUAGAAAACACUUCACAUCACUGCUGUCCAACACCAGACUGACUAACUCCUGAACGGUAACUUCACAGGAGAGGGAGAAGUGUUAUCUACGUUUAAUGUAAGUCAGUGUAACAGCUUUUAUUCCAGGGACCUUCGUGACCGUGAGAGAUGGAGAACGUCACAGACGUUCCUGCUAAAGGCCUCGUUCUGACGUGUAACCUGACCAACCACGACUUCAUCUUCACUGUCAUCCCUCUCGUCUACAGCUGCAACUUCCUGCUGGGCAUUGUGGGUAACAGCAUGGUGGUGGCGGUCAUCUACUACCACCUGAAGCUGAAGACGGUGGCGAAUGUCUUCGUGCUGAAUUUAGCGCUGUCGGACCUGACGUUCCUCAUCACCCUGCCCAUGUGGGCCACCUACACGGCUCUGGGCUACGACUGGCCGUUUGGAGACUUCCUCUGUAAGGCUGUGGCGGGUUUAGCCUUCUUCACGCUUUACGCUAGCGUGUUUUUCCUCACGGCUCUUAGCAUCGACCGAUAUUUAGCCAUCGUCCACCCCGUGGAGUCCCGGCAGUGCCGGACGGUGGCGUACGCUUGGUGCGUGUGCGCUCUGGUUUGGCUUUUCGCCUUCACCCUCAGCCUGCCGAUGACGUACAUCCGCAAAACGCACUUCAUCAAGCACGCCAACGUGACCGUGUGCGGCCUGCUGGACGCAGAACACCAGAGCUUACUGGCCGCUCUGAGCCUGAUGAAGGCCGUUUUCGGCUUCCUGUUGCCCCUAGUCAUCAUCCUCACGUGUUACUCUCUGAUUGGCCGAGCACUGCUGGAGGCUGGGCAGAUCCAGAAGAGUUCCAGGAUGCAGGGGGAUGAAGUUCUGCGGAUGCUGGCGGCCGCCGUCCUCUCGUUUUUCCUCUGCUGGGCUCCUCACCAGGUCUUUAACUUCAUGGAAGCCUUGCUAAUGCUGAAACAGAUCAGCGACUGCGCUGUAGUCGCGGUGAUCGACACGGCCAUGCCCUUCGCCAUCUGCGUCGCCUUCUUCAACAGCUGCAUGAACCCCAUCCUGUACGGCUUCGUGGGGAAGAACUUCCGCAGGAGCCUCCUGAAGCUGCUGAGAUGUUUCUCCUCCAGCUCCACUCUGAAUCACCCCAACCUCAGCACCAAGAUGAGCACCCUGUCCUACAGAGCGUCCGAAACAGCGCAGAGUGUGGAGAGGAAGAGCACAACGCUGCCACGAGACAAGUGAACAUUCACUGGAGCUACCAGGCUAAUGUGGCUAACAAGUAAUUAGCAUUUAGUUUAGCGCUAGUUUACAUACAGCAGUGUGUCACAUCAAGGCUAUUAAAGAUUACUGAACAACUCCACGCUCUGAUGAUGGUUGAUGCUAACUGGUGGGUUAUAAGCCUCCAUUAAGCUAUACAACGAUCAGCCAUAACAUUCUGACCACAUUGUCCAUUUUAUCAGCUCCACUUACUAUAUAGGUGCACUUUGUAGUUCUACAGUUACAGACUGUAGUCCAUCUG